ACGUCACCGUUCACAACACCACCACAGAGUUCCGCUUGUUUCUGUCUGGCUCCUCGUCCUCAUGAAGAUGUCUCACAACACUCCCGACAAAGACGACCAAACGUCAACAACUAACAAGAAAACCAUCUCCCUGCCGAUCUCCAGAGUGAGGCUGAUAAUGAAGAGCUCUCCUGAUGUCUCCAGCAUCAACCAGGACGCUCUGUUUCUCACCACCAAGGCGACAGAGUUGUUUGUCCAGCACCUGACUCUGGCUUCAUUCAACAACGGCUCCGGGAAAGAAACCAACUCUCUGUCAUACAGCGACCUGGCUAGCACCGCAGAGGGGACGGACACCUUCCACUUUCUGACAGAUAUCCUGCCUAAGAAGAUCUUGGCUCGAGAUUACCUUAAAUCUUUGGAGCAAAUGCAAGAAGAGGACAACGUCGACUUUUAAAAAGGAUACUGGCUGUGUUUCACGUCUGGACAGAUGUUAUCACGUCCUGUCAUUCAUUGAGAGCACUGGCAGAAGAGACACCCUAAACUUUCUCAGUGUUUUUAAAUACAUUGACAGAGUUCAGCUGUAGGGCUCGUGGAAAACGUUAGUGGACAUGGAACAGAAAGUAAAGUCACGUAGGGCAAAUGUGAAAUCAAGUGAAGACUCAGAGAGUGUUCAAGGAACAUAGAAGUUGUACUGUAUGUCUAAGAUAAAUACUUGAUGCCACAAAUCUUGUAAAUCUCGUAACAAUGGCCUAAACAAAGCAGCCUUAGAUGAAUCAUAAUGCAACUCAAGAUUUUAAACAGUUUAGGAUUUCAGAACAAUAUUGCAUUUGGCCUGUAUUCCUAGACUAUCUUUGGAGGUUUUCUGGUUGCAUUGUCUCAUAAAUUUUGUGCUUGUUUUGCAUGCACAACAAUCAGGAGGAGUAAAUUGUUUUUUCUUAACAACUUGCAGGCCUGUAUGGGCUCACUCCAUGUAACCAACCUAGACAUAAUGAGACUCCCUGCCACACAGCUGGUGCACAGAUGUCUCAGCUCCUGAGUUAUUAUUGCCUUUAAAAUAUGAUUGGGUGAACACUUUACUUUAGAGAUGCUAUCAGACAUUGAUUUCAGAGUGAAAUAUUGCUGAUGUUAUUGAUUCUAAGUUACAGUUUUUUUAAAGCUAUUUUCAUGUUUGAGUAGUUUAUCAUAAAUACUUGAAAGUUGUUUAAUCAAAAGUACAAAUACCUCUUCUUUUUUCUAGCUUAACUACAAAGCAACUGAACAUGCUGCGUCUUUCCAAAUGAAAAUUCACACUCAGCCUAAUAGAUGUGAAUAUUUAAAGUGUAUAUAACAGCUGACCACCUUACAAUGCAUCAUCCUCAUGCUUUCACAAAUUUAAUGUUUAGAUUUGAUAUUAAAAUAAAGAUUCAUGCUGUCUAA